CGGCACUCGGGACGCAGCCGCAGUCUGCAGCCCGGAGCCAGACUGGAACUCCUCGACCGUGGCGUUGACCGGCGGCCUGCGACCGCAGACCGGAGGGAUGGAGUACGAGCCCAAGAAAGCGAAGAAGGGCUUCGUGUCCCCUAUCAAACGCCUGGUCUUCCCGAAAUCGGGACGUAGGCAGGUCGAUAAGGGCAGCUUAUACAGAAGACCCCUCCACACUGUCCCGCUGUACCCACCAGAUUACCUCAUUCACCCUGAGAGGCUCAUCUUCGAUUACGUGGAGAAAGAGGUGAAGUUUCUAGGUCAUCUGACUUGGGUGUCAUGUUCCUUGAACCCAUCCAGCCGUGACGAGCUGCUGCAGCUAUUGGACACGGCCAGGACUUUAAAGGUGCUCUCCUUUAAGCUGAGCCCCGAGCAGGACUGCAUCCUAAGCCUGUCGGCUCGCUGCCUGCUGCUCACCUGGCGGGACAACGAGAAGCUGCUGCUGCGCAUUCCCACACAUGAGAUCGCCGCUGCCUCGUACCUGCGAGACGACGCGCUGCACCUCCUAGUGCUCAAGACGGGGCUGAACGUGGACACGGUCGUCGCGGACUGCUGUUUGGACAAUAAGCCUGGAGGUAUUGAGGGGCGACGGCAGACUAUGAGCAACAGUGACCCGCGACCAGCAGGGGGAACCAUGGAGCGCCGGCACACCAUCUGCGGCCUGGACUGGAAGCCUUCCUCGCGACACGAGCCCAAACAGACAGGAGGUGUUGGGGUCCAGGCUGGGGUGCAAGGAGCAGGCGGUGGUGGGGCUGGAGAUGAGGGAAGCCUAGAGCACAAGCGGGUGGGAGGGAGCUGGGAGCGCCGGCAGACCCGCAAAGCAGGAGGGAGCUGGGAGAAGAGGCCCAUGAGCGGGAGCUGGGACCGGAGGCCCGUUGGGGGAAGCUGGGAGAGACGCAACACCGGCGGCAUGGGCGGCAGCUGGGAGAAGAGGCAUGCGGGCAAGCCAGGGGGCAGCUGGGAGAGAAAGCAGACCCAGGGGGGUAGCUGGGAGCGGCGGCAGGCCUGCACGGGCAGCUGGGAGAGGGGCAAGUCGUACGGGAGCUGGGAGAGACGCAACCACAAUCCCCUGGAGCCGACGCCCUGUCCGGAUGCGUACUGCAACCUGGUGAUCCUGGCGGUGGAGAACAGGGACGCCGCCGAGGAGUACUGCGCUUUGAUUUGCCAGAUGUUCCAGAUCAUAUACGGUCACGAGAGCAUCGAGUGCGUGGACCGGGCCGGCUAUCACUACGCCACCCCCGGGCGCUACUGGCUGCAGCGCAGUGACAGCUGUCUCACAGAUAUGACAUAUGGCUACGAUGCGGAUUUCAGCUGCUGCAGCUCUUUUGACGGCUCACAAGAGGUCUUCGACCCCUACUAUGGCGAGAAUUACAGCGAGGGAUCGUCCCUCUCCCUGCAGGACUCCUGCCGCAGCCAGGCCUCUCUGCACAGCGACCACGAGCCCAGCAGCGAAGGCUUGCAGCUCAUGCAGGAGUACAUGAUCACGCUGAGAAGCAAGCUGAAUCCCCUAGAGAUCCAGCAGUUUGCCCUUCUCCUGCGAGAGUACCGGGUGGGCGCCCCCAUCGAGGAGUUCUGCUCGGGCCUCCUGCAGCUGUACGGGGACACCAGGAAGUUCCUGCUGUUGGGCAUGAGGCCCUUCAUUCCAGACAAGGACGUGGGUAUCUUUGAGAGCUUCCUGGAAGGCAUCGGCAUCCGAGAGGGAGGGAUUCUGACGGACAGCUUCGGCCGCAUCAAGCGCAGCAUGAGCAGCACCUCCGCUACAGCCGUGCGGGGCUACGACAGCUGGUCCCUGCCAUCCGGCUCUCAGGACUUCAACAGGAAGAUCACCGAUAUCACACACGACAUCGAGGCUCUGGGCUUCGAGGAGGGGCACGGUGACAUCGAGGAAGAAGAUUACUACCUUUGAAAAAAGAUUCAAUUUCUAAGGCCUCGUACAAACAUUUCCUAUAUUUCAAGUAUGUCCUUUUUCACUAUAUAAUAUAGCUGGAAGAGGCAUCGUAGCACUAAAAAUUUCAGCUCUGUUGCGGAGCUUUGUGACAGUGAAACUGAUUAAAAAUCUUAUGAAUUUAAAGUGUAUGCAAAUGCUAGUGAAUACUAUCAUCAAGGCCAAAAUAUUUAACAGAAACUAAUUACCAUGAAUACAAUAUUGUAUUUUUUUCUGUUCUCUGCAAAAACUGUAGAAACUUGGCAGA